GGGAGUCCCUACCGCAGGCUGUGUGAGGGAACGCCGAGCUCCUGCGUCCGCCGCCGGGUUCCAGCCGCGCGUUGCGCCACGAGGAAAUGGAGGUCGAGGCCGAGCCCGGGCGGGUGCGAUGGCCGCUGUGGCGGCCAAGCGGGAAGGGCAGCCGUUCAUCAGCGAGGUGGCUGUGCGGGGCAACACCGCCGUCCUGGAUUACUGCCGGACCUCGGUGUCGGCGCUGUCGGGGGCCACGGCCGGCAUCCUCGGCCUCACCGGCCUCUACGGCUUCAUCUUCUACCUGCUCGCCUCCGUCCUGCUCUCCGUGCUCUUAAUUCUCAAGGCGGGAAGGAGGUGGAACAAGUAUUUUAAGUCGCGGAGACCUCUCUUUACGGGAGGCCUUAUCGGAGGCCUCUUCACCUACGUCCUUUUCUGGACAUUCCUCUACGGCAUGGUGCACGUCUGCUGA